AUGAGCACCGAUGAUGUAAAGAACUACAAGCUGCAGGCCCGGCUGCCGGUGGCACCCAAAAGCCCGCUCAGGACCCAGUCCUCGUCAACCAUCCGCGUAGCCAAGCGUACAGUGCCUCGAACGGACGGCACUGCUGAUAGGGCUGCGAUGAGGCCGCCCAGCGUGGGUAAGUUGAUUGAAAGGCGGAAAGCUGAUCCCGAGACAGGGGAGGUUAGGGUUCUUCAGCGAUUCAAGCAGACGAACUUCCUCGGCAAGGGAGGCUUUGCCAAGGUGUACACUGUGAUCGAGCAAGACACGCAAGAGAUCUACGCCGCUAAGGUGAUUGCGAAGUCUUCUCUGCAGAAGAAGCGCACGAAGGACAAGCUUGCGAGCGAGAUUAGAAUCCAUUCCAUGCUCAAGCACAAGCACAUCGUCAAGUAUGUGAUGUUUUUCGAAGAUUCGACAUCUUGUUACAUCUUGAUGGAGCUGUGCAACAACAAGAGCUUGGCGGACUUGAUCAAGGCGCGCAGGCGGUUAACGGAGCCCGAGGUGAGGUUUUACAUGAUGCAGCUGCUGGAGGCUGUCUCCUACAUGCACAGCAAGCGCGUGAUUCAUCGCGAUCUGAAGCUGGGCAAUAUCUUCCUCAACGACGACCUCCACAUCAAGAUCGGCGACUUUGGCUUGGCCACCCGGCUCCAGCACGAGAACGACCGACGGAGGACUCUCUGUGGCACGCCGAACUAUAUCGCCCCCGAGAUCCUGGAGCGUGGCGACAAUGGACACAGCUACGAGGCCGACAUCUGGAGCGCGGGUGUCAUCUUGUAUACUCUCCUCAUCGGCAAGCCUCCAUUCGAAACGAACUGCGUACAGGCCACGUACAAGCGCAUCAAGGAGAACGAUUACGCCUUCCCCGAAGGUGUAGAGAUCUCGCACAGCGCCAAGAGCCUCAUCCGAAAGAUUCUCACGUCGAUCCCCGAGGAGCGCCCGACGCUGCAGGAGAUCAUGAGCGACGAGUUCUUCAACAGCUACAUCCCUCACUCUCUCCCAGUCUCUGCUCUCUCGACCAUCCCCACCUUCUCCUCGUCCCGCAUGGCCCAGGACGCCAGCGGAGCUCCUCGCCUCCCUCUCAACGACAGAACGAACACGCUCACAAGCACGGUGCCCGGAGGUAAGGAGAAGAAGAAGGUGGAGGACGUCAUCGCCGAGGCCAAGGCCCAGAUCGCGCUGGCCACCAAGCCCAUGUCUGCGCACCCGCUCCCGAUCGCAAGGGCCGUCGCGACGCACAUCGUCACCAGCCCGGCCGGCGACAUCGCCGACAUCUUCGAUACGAAGAAGGCCAAGCACGCAGCACAGCCCGAGGAGUUCGGGAUUGAGAAUCGUGAGCCCGGCGCUCUGUCCACCACCGACGCCAUGGUCGCCGACAGCAUGGGCACCCGCAAGAGGCUGAGGUCUCCCUUCAGGAAUGCCAGCAUCGCCGACAAGAGCCCCACCAAGCAGAGAGCCCGUCGCUCGCACCUCAACCCCAUGUCUACGUGCAAGCGAUUGAUCGACGACUUUGAAGGCAAGGAGGAGGAGAAGAAGGACGCCCUCGUGGCGGUGGAGACCGAUAAGUCGUCGAGGCAGGCCGAGAACGAUGACGAGGACAACACCAACACCAACACCAACAAGAAGAACCAACGUUGCGAACAGAACGAGGAGAACGACAUGGACGAAGAGGACGAGGAGGCCGACGAGCGGGUGACGAUCCGCGUGCACAGGACGCUCACCGAGAGUUUUGCGCGCCUCACGAUGGCCGACCGUACCGAGGCCACCCUGGACGGCGUGUCUCGGGCGCCCGCCACGCUGGCCUCGAUCACCCACCUCAACGCGUUCGACGACAUCAAGAACGGGCUGGUCUACGGUGAGGGCGAGAACAGCAACGUGUGCUGGGUGCGCAAGUGGUUCGAUAUCUCGGAUCGAUACGGCCUGGCCUACCAGCUUCAGGACGGAUCGAUCGGCGGCUACUUCAACGACAGGACCUCGAUUAUGCGAAGGUGUGCCGAGCCCGACACCGGCUCCGGGUGGAAGAUGGAGAACGAGUUCGUCUACAUGUCCUACAAGAGCACUCGGAGGGGCAAGCGACAACACACGGAGCGCUAUUCGAUGGACAAGUUCCCGCAGGAGCUCUACAAGAAGGUGCAGUUGCUGAAGUACUUCCAGAAGCUCUUUGACAAGGAGAACAAGUCUACUUCCACGCUGGUUGACCUCGCCCCCGAGGAGUACGAGAGGACGCGCUCGGCGCGAAGCUCUGUGCUCCACGUCGACCGCUGGUUCAGGAGGAAGCACGCCACCUUCUUCCGCCUCAGCAAUCGCAUCGUUCAGGUCAACUUUACGGACGAGUCGAAGGUCAUCCUCUCGUCGGACGGCAAGAUGGUGACGUACGUCGACAAGCAGGGCGAGGUGCACGUGCAGACGUUGGAGGCCAUCGUCCUCAACCCCAAUCCGUCGAUCAUCAACAGGCUCAAGUACACGCGCGACAUCCUGGGCGAUCUCCUCCGCACAAAGGAGUCCCGGAGCUCCAGCAGCAACGACUUUUAA